CAGGCCGUCUGCAUAAUUAUUUCGGCCGAGCCCUGAUCACUGUGUUUCAUCGCAAGACACGACGUUAACCACCGUACCAACAUGCGUGAAUGUAUCUCUCUCCAUGUCGGCCAAGCCGGAGUCCAGAUGGGCAAUGCCUGCUGGGAGCUGUACUGCCUGGAGCACGGCAUCCAGCCUGAUGGCCAGAUGCCCUCAGACAAGACCAUCGGAGGUGGUGACGACUCCUUCAACACCUUCUUCAGUGAGACUGGAGCCGGCAAGCACGUUCCCCGUGCCGUGUUUGUUGACCUUGAGCCAACUGUUGUUGACGAAGUUCGUACCGGCACUUACCGUCAGCUUUUCCACCCAGAGCAGCUGAUUACCGGCAAGGAGGAUGCUGCUAACAACUACGCCCGUGGUCACUACACCGUCGGAAAAGAGAUGAUCGAUAUAGUCUUGGACAGGGUCAGGAAGUUGGCUGACCAGUGUACAGGUCUCCAAGGAUUCCUCAUCUUCCACAGCUUCGGUGGCGGCACAGGCUCUGGAUUUACAUCUCUUCUCAUGGAACGUCUCUCUGUCGACUACGGAAAGAAGUCCAAGCUUGAGUUCGCCAUCUACCCAGCGCCUCAGAUCUCCACUGCCGUGGUCGAGCCCUACAACUCCAUCCUUACCACUCACAACACCCUGGAGCACUCCGACUGUGCAUUCAUGGUCGACAACGAGGCCAUCUACGACAUAUGCCGUCGUAACCUUGACAUCGAGCGACCGACUUACACCAAUCUGAACCGUCUUAUCGGGCAGAUCGUAUCAUCAAUCACUGCUUCUCUGCGAUUCGAUGGCGCCCUCAAUGUUGACCUAACGGAGUUCCAGACAAAUUUAGUGCCCUAUCCGCGAAUCCACUUUCCUAUGGCUACUUACGCUCCAGUCAUCUCUGCCGAAAAGGCGUAUCACGAGCAACUAAGCACUUCGGAAAUCACCAACGCCUGCUUCGAGCCCGCCAACCAGAUGGUGAAGUGCGAUCCCCGCCACGGCAAGUACAUGGCCUGCUGUCUCCUGUACCGUGGUGAUGUCGUCCCCAAGGAUGUCAACGCCGCCAUCGCUACCAUCAAGACCAAGCGCACCAUCCAAUUCGUCGACUGGUGUCCAACUGGCUUCAAGGUCGGUAUCAACUACCAGCCACCCACCGUCGUCCCUGGUGGGGAUCUCGCCAAGGUUCAGCGUGCCGUCUGCAUGUUGAGCAAUACCACCGCCAUUGCCGAGGCCUGGGCCCGUCUCGACCACAAGUUCGAUCUGAUGUACGCCAAGCGUGCUUUCGUCCAUUGGUAUGUCGGAGAGGGUAUGGAGGAAGGAGAGUUCUCCGAAGCUCGUGAAGACCUGGCUGCUCUUGAAAAAGAUUAUGAAGAAGUCGGUCACGAUUCUCAAGAAGCAGAAGAUGAAGAAGAGGGAGGAGAUGAAUACUAAGCAUUGACGUUAAUUUUCACUUAAUUUAUUUGACUCUGAUGUUGAUUUCAGCAAUGCUGUACGUAUGACAUUCUAUUGAUUGCUUUGCAAUACUGUUUCUAUCCUGUAUAUGUGUUUGAGUGUUCAUAUAACAUCAAAAAUAUAUCUAUGUAAUCUUCAAAUGUCAUGUCGUAUAAAUUAAGAAAAAAUUAUGCUCUAUGUAAUGCGAUCUAAUGGCAGUGGAAAUGUUUGGACUUUAUUUCGUGUGUGAUACAACCUCGAUGUGUGUGUGCCGUAUAUCUUUUCUUCUACUCUUUGAUUGAACUACUGACAGUCAGCUAGUAGACAGAUUACUUUCUGAUCGCUGUUACGUCCUUAAUGAAUAAACAGGUAAUUUCCUUCGCUGCUAAAAGCCCUACUUGAUUACCACAAAAUAUAAUAUCAUAGACUAUAUUGACUGCUAUGAGAGGCAAACCUGUUUCUAUGGGCUCAAGGGGACGUUACAUCUUGCUAUGGCCCAUAGUAAAAGGACGUAUAUAAAAAUGCAUAGUUAAUCACCUUUCCUUUUAAGGUAAACAUAGGAACACUUGUAAAACGACUACGGAUAGAUUAUCCAUCUCACCUGAGAAAAUUACGGUGACGAAACAAAAAAUUAUAAUAAUGAUAAUGAUAAUAAAAAAUAGUCAUAUUUGAAUAGCGCUUAACACGAAUAAUGUUUGUAAAGCCCACCGCACUAUACGACCUGACUACGAUCCGAUUUUGGUAGAAUUUGCAAUUGCAUUUGAUAUGAACUUUUAUGACUGGUAAAAUCUUAACUGCCGAGGAUCUAAAUAGUCAUAUGAUUAGUGAUAUCAAACAUUUCAAUGAAUUCAAGUAUCUUUGGAGAAGAACAAUCUAAGUCGGCUCAGAAUCGUAGUGACAUCGCACCAGUAGUGUGAUUGUCUACGAUUAGAAGCCGAUUCGGAUUAAUUCUGACUAGGAGAGUUAAACGCACUAAAAUUCUGGUUGUUCGUAUCCAUAUCAUUAUUUAGAACCUAGAUCUCAAAAUAUAAAUUUUGUUUAGAUUUCGAUAAUUAAUAUAAUUGCCAUUUCUUCUAAGUCGGAUCGCAGGAGGAUCGCAGGAGGGUCGUAUAGUGUGCGGUGGGCUUAUCCAGCAAGACCAUUGUAUGACGCCAUUUCGGUCUCCCAUACGUUACCAUGUACAGUGAGGUUAUGAAUAUAAAUUUAUAUCAGUUUACUUUUCCCUUUGAUCUUUAUAAAGUUUAUAAGGUUAUUAGCUUAAGACAAUAAUCAGAUGUUAGAUGACGGUCGAUACCGUGUGAGACAAAAUAGCUUGGACUUGGCCUAGUACAUUAACGUGAGUUUGAAGCGAUCAUCAAGAACAACUACCUGGAACAAGAUAAGUUUAACAUGAGAUUAAUAUUGAGAUCAAUCUACAGUGGAAGAGAUCAAUCUACAGUGGAACAAAUUAUUUUUAAUGAGAAAAAUAAAGUAACCUUGACAACUGUUGAAUUAACUUUACAGUUGUAUGAAAUAAAACUAGGUGAAGUUAAUGUGAUGGUGUCAUUAAGCUGAAUUAAAUAGAUCAGUCAUUAUAGAUCAAUUCAAUAGAACAAGAUGAAAGUGUAUAAUUACGAUCAAGUCAGCAUG